AUGAAUUUACAAUACGAACUGGAUGAUAAAUGUAAAAGACAUAUUCAUAAACAAGCUGAACAGCAUUUUUUAAAAUGGUAUAAUUUUUUAAAAGAAAGUGAAAAUUUUAUUCAAAAGACUAAAGAAAAUGCAUUUGUUCAAGCAUUGUCUGCACUUUCCAUUUUACGUAACUUCAAUGUGAAUGUGGAUGAACAUGUUAGAAUGCUUAAAAAUGCAUUUAAAUCAGUUAGUAAGCCACAGGAAGCAAGUGAUCGAAGCAGGAAAUUCGACUUGAAUACAGAUGGAUUAUUUAAAGGAAAGAAAGUAGAUGAAUUAAAUAGAAAACAGCAAAUUAAAACAGAAUUUCGAACAGAAGACCUAUUCACCUUAAACAAAUGGGGACAAACAAAGCGCAAGGAAAUACCUAAUGGAAUCUUGCAAACAGCAGGAUAUUCAUCAUUGAAUGAGAAAGAUGUUGGAUUGUCGGAUUCUUCUAGAGACAAAAUUAAGCGUGAAAAUUCAGAUACAUCACCAAGUAAAUAUAAUAAAAGUGAUAUUUUAGAAAAACACACAACAAAAGCAUAUUCGCUUGGACAACAACCCAGGUUACUAACUCGUAGAAGAACUACAAAAAACCAAAUAAAAACAGAAGAAUCUAUGCAAGAACCCAAAGAUUUUAAGGCGAAGUCAAUAACAGAAUCCACAAAAGCAUCCUUUCCGUCUUUAUGUGCGGAAAGUCUAAGGUCGGCUUAUCACGAUUCAGAGAGGUCAUCGGGAAAUGGUGAUAAUAUUAUGACGUUAGAGAAAAUGUAUAGGCGUAAAGAGAGAACAUUUGGAGAAUCAGAAGCGCUUUAUUUAGAUUUGGAACAACAAAAGAUACCACGUAAACGAGCUAAUCUACUUGGAAUAGAAUCACACCGCCGUCGACCGGAUUAUGGAGGAUUUCAUUGUUAUCAUGAAGCACUGGCAAGACAAAGAUAUCAAGAUUUCGGUCUUUCAAUUUCCAAGCAUAUUACUUGGACGAAUUUAAUUGAAGAAUAUAUGGACACAUCAAUUCAAGAGAGAAGUAAGUGA